AUGCCGCCUGGUAAUAAGUCGGUUUAUGUGAUGGCAGAAUGUUGGAGGACUUUGAGUCCAGGGAAUUGUAGGAAGUGUUUAGAGAAUGCGUCCGAGGUGAUAUCGAAAUGUUUGCCGUGGUCGGAGGGCAGAGCAUUGAAUACGGGGUGUUUUAUGAGGUAUUCUGAUACAAAUUUUCUAAAUCCUAUACAACAGACAGGUGGCUCGAAAAAUAAAGGGAAGAUGGUAGCGAUUGUUAUUUCCAUUAUUAGUUCUGUGUUGGUUUUGGCUGUUGCGUUGAUGAUUGUUUUAUACUUCCGGAGACACAGAUAUAUACAACAUAUGAGAAGAGGAUCUUAUGAUGUUGAGAAACUAGCAAAGAUUCUUACUGAUAGUAGCUUAAACUUCAAAUACUCCACAAUUGAGAAAGCCACAGCAAAUUGGGAUGAGUCCAACAAGCUUGGACAAGGAGGAUUUGGAACCGUCUAUAAGGGUGUUCUUUCGGAUGGACGAGAAAUAGCUGUGAAGAGGCUCUACGUCAACAACAAAUUCAGGGCAGCAGAUUUCUACACCGAAGUUAACAUAAUUAGCAGUGUUGAACACAAAAACCUUGUCAGGCUUUUAGGAUGCAGUUGUUCAGGACCUGAAAGCAUUCUCGUAUAUGAAUAUCUUCCAAACCUGAGCCUCGACCUCUUCAUUUUUGAUGAAAUAAAAGGAAAGGAAGUAAACUGGGAGAAGAGAUCUUUUCAAGAUGAUAAAAGUCACAUUAGUACUGCCAUCGCGGGUACGCUUGGAUAUAUGGCUCCAGAGUAUCUAGCCCAUGGUCAGUUAACCGAAAAGGCAGAUGUCUACAGCUUUGGAGUUUUACUUCUUGAAAUAGUCACUGGAAUGGAAAACAACAAAAGCAAUACAAUGGAAUAUACCGACAGCUUAAUCUCCACCACAUGGAAGCACUUCCAGAAAGGUACAGUGGAGCAAAUCUUCGACCCGAAUCUAUUGAUGGAUAUUUACCCAAACACUAUUUUCAAGAAAGAUGCAUUAAAAGUUGUACACGUAGGACUUCUAUGCACCCAAGAAGCUCCAUCUUUAAGGCCAACAAUGUCAACUGUACUGAAAAUGUUGGCAAAAGAUGAUGAACAUUUACCCCUCCCUUCUAAUCCCCCUUUCAUAGACGAAAAAACCAUGGAACUCAACAACAUUACACAACAGUUACUUCAUGAUCAUCAAGGGGAAAGCUCUGGUUCAGUUGCUACAAUUUCCUAUAGUGAUUUCUAUCCGAGGUAACACUGGUUAUCUAUCAUCGAUAACAACAACCGUGUUUACGUCAUUUCCACAGGCAAAAGAUCAAGAGAUAGUCAUGUACUCAUGUCACUAGCAUCAUUCCAGUACAAGCCAAACACAAUAAAACCUAUUUUGUCAUGUAACACGAUAACUGGUGAAAUCACUACUAUGGUCCUCAGUCUCAUCAUUUUGAUAUCGUGACGAGAGGGUGAAUUUGUUUGUAGGAUUAAAUAUGUAUUUUAGUUAGGUAAGUUGUUUAAUUUAUUGAUAGGUUAGAAUGUUGUGUAUAAAAUAGAAAAGUAGAUUCCUAUUAUUUUGUAAUGAACAUGAUUUCCAAUAAUGAAGCAAAAGGUAUAUAUGUAAGAGUUUUAAUAGCAAAUUAAGCCUUUUUUUGUUACAAAUCUC